AUGUCUGAUAUCACCUCUCCCUCCGGCCCGGCUCCCGAGAACCCUACCGAUAAGGGUAAGGGAAAGGCCGUUGCUCACGAAGAAGAAGAAAUAGAUUCAUCCGAUGAGGAAAUGGGUCAAACUGUUCGUCUCCCCUCUAUUAAUUGUGCUAUCAAUUGCUCGCAAAGACACUAACAUUUCUCAAUUGUAAUCAGGAGGCCGAAGAAGGUAUCGCACGAUCUCAUUCAUUCGCAUCCCAGCCCCCUUCAUGCCUAAGCUAGCUAAAAACAAUUAUAUAGAGCCCGAUGUCGAGGAUGACGACCUCGCAGCUCUUGAUACCGACAACAUCAUUGCGGGCGCCCGUACUCGUGGCAGGAAGAUCGACUUCGCCAAGGCUGCUGCUGAGGAGCCCGCCGACGAGGAGGAUGACGACGAGGACGACGAGUACGCUCCUGCUGAAGAGACCGCCGAGCGCGGCCCCGGCAAUGAUGGAAUGGAUCUCGACCCAUAAGCCAGACAAAUCCCCCAAUGCGCGAUGGAGGGGAGGUUUUCUAUAUCAAGUAAUUUACAAGGAGUGAUAAAUUAGGUUGGGGAGGGCACUCGUCUUUUACUAGCUUAGCCUUGUUGUUGCUCAUUAUCAAAAUCUCUCUUCUACCCAAUUGAUGGUUUAUUCCCGACACUAAGUUGGAUUCGCGUGCUCUUCCUUGUUCUGGUGAAUGGAGCAAUAUUUAUACUGUUUUGUCGUGCGGUUUAAUAGUGACGAGGUUAUGUCCUUAUAGUGUGCGAUAGUCAAUUCCCAAGGGCUUUUUUGUUUUGAGGUUAUCGGUGGGCGAAAGGAGGUCUUCCAGGAGAUUGUAGCCAAGUAC